GACAUGGACCUGAUCGAGGUCCUCUGGAAGCAGGAUGUGGACCUCGGCUUCUCGCUCGAGUUCUUCAACGGGCCGGCCGCGGGGGCCCAGGUCGCCGCCAACGACUCGUCGUCCGGGCCCGAGGGCGGCCAGGCGGGCACCACCGACGAGAUCGAGAAGAUCAAGAUUCUCAACGAGCUGAAUGCGACCAGCAAGGCCCUGCCGGAGCCGCUGGCGGACGAGGCCGGCGAGGAGACGGGCAAGAAGAAGGACGAGCGCGACCCCUGGGCCGGCCUGCCCUACACCGUCGACAGCGAGACUGGCGAGUACGUGGUCGCUAUCGGGCCCGAGGACCAGGACCCGUUCGCCGAGAGCCGGGCCUCCCCUUCCUUGUCCUCGUCGGAGUCCUCGUCCUCCCGCCGCGAUGACGCCAAGGUGCCCGACGCCGACCUGGCUGACCUGCCGUCCGCCUCCAGGUCGGCCGACGACUUCGUCGUCGACGACCCCCUGCGUCUCUUCGAGGAGCUUGCUCGUAGCAGCCGAUUGGAGGACGAUGGCGUCUUCUCGCCCGACUUCAACCACGACGAGCUCGACCUGCUCAGCGACAUCGGCGGCCUGCUCAUGGACGACGAGGAGGACAUCACCGAGGCUCUGGCGCUGCCCCGAUCGGCUCGUGCGCCGUACGGGCGGGCGGUGAGCAUGGAGCAGCGAUGGCAGGACCUGGCCAACCUGCUGAGCCUGCCGGCCGGGCAGCAGCCCGAGGCGCCGGCGGGCCCGCUGCACCACCAUCACCACCACCAUCACCACCACCACCAUGCGGGCGCGGCGGGCGCGGCGCAGCCGCAGCAGCACUACGGCUACGACGCGCACCCCGGCGCCUCGCCCCUGGCCUCGCCCGCGCGCUCAGUCGUGCUGCACAACGCGACGCUGGCGCCGCCCGUCGGCGACCUCAACAGCUCGAGCGUCUACUCGGGGCUGUCCAUGGGGUCCGCGGUGGCGCAGUCCAUGAACCUGACCAACAGCAGCGAGCCCAUGGGCGACGGCGCGCCCGCCUCGGGCUUCAAGAUGGAGCCGCACAACGACAUGAUGUACUACCAGAAUUCUUCGUCGGGCGCCGAGAUGAGUCAGAUGACACCGCUCAACUCGACGACGGAAGGCUUCUUGUCGUCCAUCCUGAACGACGAGGACCUCCAGCUCAUGGACAUGAUGAACGACAGCAUGUACCCCCUGCGUGUGCUGGACGGCGCUGGCGCCCCCACCGUGCAGAUGGGCGGCGCGCUGCCGGGCGCCGGCGCCUCGCUGGGCACGCCGCUGGGCAGCUCGCUGGGCGCGCCGCUGCAGGGCGCCAGCACCGAGGAGCGGCUGGACGCCUCCAGCGACAGCGCCGUCAGCUCGAUGGGCUCGGAGCGCGUGGCGUCCCUCUCGGACGGCGGGGAGUGGAUGGAGACCGGCUCGGACUCGGAGCCGUACCACCUGGACUGCAAGUACCGCGCCCACCCACACUCGCACGCGCCCCACGAGUACACGAGCGGCUACCGCGGCGCGCAGAAGAAGCACCACAUGUUCGGCAAGCAGCGCUACUUCCAGGGCGAGCAGCCCGCCGGAGGCCUGCCCGUGGGCCCGCCGCCGCCGUCAAUGGCCACGCCCAUGCCGCUCAAGCUGGACUUCGGCGAGUCGUCGCGGCCCGUGCCCGGCGCGCUGCCCCAGGGCGCCGCCCAGCACGCGGCCCCCGCGCCCGUCGCCAUGAACGGCUCGGUGGCGUCCGGGCUGACCGUGCCGGGCUCCGGCGCCUCCGCCUUCACCUCGCCGCUCGCCAUGGAGGACGAGGAGCUGCGCGCGCACGAGCUCAAGUUCGGCUACUACGGCCAGGAGUACCCCCGCCAGCACCACGCCCGGCCGCCCAUGGAGCCUGUCGCCCACAACCACACCUACCACUUGCCUCCCCCACCCGAGAGCAGUGGUGCCAUCCAGCGACCUCCGCAGAGGGACAAGCACAGGUCCAAGGACUCCCGCAAGAGUGACGACGCUCACUUGUCGAGGGAUGAAAAGCGCGCCCGCGCCCUCAACGUGCCCAUGACCGUCGACGACAUUAUAAACCUCCCCAUGGACGAGUUCAACGAAAGGCUUUCGAAGCAUGACUUGAGCGAACCGCAGCUCUCUCUCAUCAGAGACAUUCGCCGCAGAGGCAAGAACAAGGUUGCCGCUCAAAAUUGCCGAAAACGCAAGUUGGAUCAGAUUGUAACGCUUGCUGAUGAAGUGCAGCAAAUGCGCAGCAGAAAGCAAAAGCUUCUUCGGGAGCAUGACUACCUCACCAGGGAGACUGCACAUUCAAAGGACAAGUUUAGUCAGCUCUACAGGCAUGUCUUCUCGUCGCUGCGUGAUGCCGAUGGCAACCCCUACUCCCCGUACGAGUACAGUCUGCAGCAAGGUCCGGACGGCAGCGUGAUGGUGGUGCCGCUGACGUCGAGCCCCUCUGGCGCUGCCUCCGCCUCCACCAUGGACGCGGUGCACCAGCAGAUGUCGCGCUCUCUCGCCAUGGCAGAGUCCGCGGCCUCCCUCCACUACAGCCGCGGGGCCAUGCCUCAGCACCAGGCCGACCGGCAGAAGGACCAGCAGCACCAGCAGCAGC